AAUUUGAACCGCCCGAACGGCUCUCCCUGCCCAGCCUCGUAAACCGCAACCGAAUUAAGCGCACGUCGCCCAACAAGUCAAAUCCUCCCGUUUGGCCGUUCCGCCGCGUUCCCCAUUCACGGACUAGCGCCCUCUCUUCUCAUCAGUUCCAGAGACAACGCGAUGGGCGCGUCGGGGAAGUGGAUCAAGACGCUGGUCGGGCUCAAGCCGGCGGCGGCGGAGAAGGAGAGGCACGCCGGUGGGAAGGGCCGGAAGUGGAGCCGCCUGUGGCGGAGUUCGUCGGGCGGGCAGAGGGCCGCCGCGUCGGCGGCCGCCUCGGAGGUCUCCGAGACGUCCUCCGCCGCCGCCGACGCGCUCAGCUCCGUCGUCGCGGCCGUCGUGCGCGCGCCGCCCAAGGACUUCCGCGUCAUCAGGCAGGAGUGGGCGGCCGUCCGCAUCCAGACCGCCUUCCGCGGCUUCCUGGCCAGGAGGGCGCUGAGGGCGCUGCGGGGGAUCGUGCGGCUGCAGGCGCUGGUGCGCGGCCGCCGCGUGCGCAAGCAGCUGGCCGUCACGGUCAAGUGCAUGCAGGCGCUCGUCAGGGUGCAGGCGCGGGCGAGAGACCGGCGCACGCGGCUCUCGGCUGACGGCCGAGACUCGCAGGAUACGCUCGACGACCACAGCAGCCACGCGGAUCCCGUCAAGGAAGCAGAGACAGGAUGGUGUGAUAGCCAAGGAACUGUGGAUGAUGUCAGAUCAAAGAUACACAUGAGACGCGAGGGCGCAAUCAAGAGAGAAAGGGCAAUUGCGUAUGCUCUUUCUCACCAGGUACAUCCUGCUCGAAUAGUCUGGGCAUAUAAACAGCGGAACUCAAACCACAAUGGAAGACCUAGCUCUCCUGCUGUUUCUCUUAAGAAUCAUGGGACUAACAGGAGCAAUCAGUGGAGCUAUUUGGACGGGUGGAUGGCAACAAAACCUUGGGAGAGUCGCCUUAUGGAGCAAUCACACAGCGAACAGACCAACUCACGUUGUUCAGAGAGUAUCGACGAAAUGAACGAGGUCAGCUCAAAGCUUUCUGAAGCAAGCUCAGUCAAGAUCAGAAGAAACAAUGUCACAACUAGGGUGUCAGCAAAGCCUCCUUCGGUAAUCGCGGUAUGCGACGAGAGUGCUCCGUCAACAUCUUCAGUCACUCAGAUGACCGGUAACCAUUUCACGACAUCAGAAAGGAGAUCUGACUGUGGCCAGGGUGGUGCACCGAGCUAUAUGGGCUUGACCAAAUCAGCCAAGGCAAGGCUGAGUGGUUCUUCUAGCACUCACAAGCCACCACUUCAAAGACAAGGAUCUGCUGACAAACACAAUUACAGCAGGGGGGCAUUCUCUUCAAUAGAUGUUCAAAGCACCGCCGGCUCCGAGGUUUCGGUGACCUCAAAGAGGUUGAACGGUUUAACUCUGAAGGGUCGAGGCACUAGAAGAAGCAUGGACAAGGAGAACGAUGAUCAGUCUAAUUCUUUCUUCUAGGACGUGAAUCCUAUGAUUAUUCCCAUAUUAGAGGUCUACUAGUGCUAACAUGUACGUAUUUUGUCAGUUCAAUGCCUCAUUGCUUAUUCUGAUAUCCAUAUUUAUGGUGUACAAAUGUGAAACCAGCCAAAGGUUGAACCUGUUGUUCUGUCUGCUGAAUUACAAAAUCUUCGGGGUUUAACUGCAGUUAGCCACUUAGGCUGGAUGGUUAGUGGUUAUUGCUAGUUCGGCUGGAUUGCCAGAAAUGAAUUGAUGGUAAUUGAGUACUGAA